AUGCGCGCCGCCGGGGUCGCCCCCGACGCGCCCACCAAGGCGCUGCUGGUGAAGAGCCUGUGGCGGGAGGGGAAGCUCCGAGAGGCGGCGCUGGUGGAGGAGAGGUGCGAGGAGGUGGCGGGUGGCCUCCCCGAGUCAUCGCUGGGGCUCGUGUGGACGGCCAGCGCCGCGGACUUGAAGAAGGUGAUCGACAUUUACUCUGGUUGCCUCGCUCAACCUGCCGCCCAGGUCCAGGCUUCAACGGGGUGA